AUGCCUACUUAUGCCAAGUUCAUGAAGGACAUCAUUUCGAAGAGGCGUAUCGCCGACACCAACCCGAUUAUCCUAACCGAAACUUGUAGUGCUAUUUUGCAGGGUAUGAAGAUUCCGAUAAAGAAGAAAAAUCAAGGAGUUGUCACCAUCCCUUGUACUAUUGGAGAUAGGUCAUUCAACAAAGCCCUUAUUGAUCUAGGAGCUAGUGUGAGUCUCAUGCCGUUAUCCAUUUACAAGAAGCUUGGUAUAGGGGAUGUGCAAGAUACCAGGAUGAUACUCGAAUUCGCCGAUCAUUCGGUCAAGAAACCGUAUGGUAUUGUUAAAGAUGUUCUGGUGAAAAUUGACAAGUUUGUAUUUCUGGUUGAUUUUGUAAUUCUAGAAAUGCCAGAAGAUAAAGAGAUCCCUCACAUUCUUGGUAUACCCUUUUUGGAGACGGACAGGUGCGUAAUCAACAUAGAAGAAGGAACCAUGACGUUGAAGGUUUAUGAUGAGGAAUUGGAAAUUGAUGUCCGAAACACCAUGAAGGACAAGGAUGAUAUUUGUACCAGUCACACUAUAGAGGUUCUGGAUCAGGUGAUGACAUAUGAUAGCCCUUUGAAUGCUCCACAAUCAACUUUGGAAAGAGUGUUAAAUUUGUCCAUUUCCGACAGUGAUAAAGAAACGAACAACGGGGACUCCAAGGUGCUAGCCUUGUUGGAUGCACAACCCCCGUGGAAAGGAUCACGACCACACCAGGGGGAGGAUUUACGCCUACCUCACUCUAGUGAGGAGGAUGAAGAGCCAAAGAAAGGAACGGAGUUGAUACAACUUCCGGAGAACCUCAAAGAUGUAUUAUUAGAUUCUGAAGGAAAAUAUCCUGCUAUUAUAAACUCGAGCCUAAAGAAUGUCAAAGAAGAGAAACUCAUCCAAGUAAUGAAAGAGGUAGUCCGGAAAGAGUUGGUGAAAUUGUUGGACGCAGGUCCUAUAUAUCCUAGUUUUGACAGUACCGGGCUACAGAGAAAAGAGUUUGUCGAGGGACAAUUAGUGUUAUUGUUCAAAUCCAGAUUAAAGCCUCCAGGAAAGUUGAAAUCCAGGUGGUUGGGUCCGUUUGUGGUUCAAAAAGUGUUUCCCCAUGGAGCUAUCGAACUUAAAAAUCCAAAUAAUAGGGAUACAUUCAAGGUGAACGGAUAA